AUUGUUAUUGGUCUGUGAAUCGCAUUUUAUGGUGAUGCUAUAUUUUCCUUUAUUUUCAACUUUUUAAAACAAGAAAAUAAAAUUGUAUUGUGAAAGUAUUGAUAAAGUUCAAAGGACGAGUUUCGAUCUCAUAUUUCAUUGACAACACUAAUACUUGAGGAUUAUGAAAAUGGCGGGAUUAGAAUCAAUGGUUGUUGAUGAGGUUAGACCGGUUGAGAAAUCAAUUGACCGAGAAAAGACAUGCCCUCUAUUGUUACGUGUGUUUUGUUCAACUGGUCGGCACAAUUCACCUGGAGAUUACGCUAGAGGCAAUGUACCCCAAAAUGAGCUACAAAUUUAUACUUGGAUGGAUGCAACUCUCCGUGAACUUACAGGCUUGGUGAAGGAAGUGAACCCUGAAACACGACGCAAGGGAACAUACUUUGAUUUUGCCAUAGUAUAUCCAGAUAUGAGGUCUCCAACAUAUCGUAUGAGAGAAAUUGGUGUCACAUGUUCUGGCCAGAGGGGAGGUGAUGAUAAUAAAACCCUUUCACAGGUCAAAUUUCAAAUUGGCAACUACCUUGAUAUCUCAAUAACUCCACCUAACAGAAUGCCGCCUCCAAUGCGGAGGCCUCAGCCAUAUAUGAAUAAUCGUCCUUAUUAAUCUUACUAUAAGUUUAGGAAUGUUCUUGUAAGUAUAAUUACAGUAAUAAAGCUACAAUUAUUAUUGUAUAA